CCAACACUUAUGUCACACGUAUACAAUCCCAUACUCUUUGUGCACAUUGUUCCACCAUGCUUAAAGACAGCAUUACUUUGUAGUAUGCUAUACCAACAACAGUUGCUUGAGCACUGUUCGCUGCUCCAAAACGCGACCCCUCGCGACUCUGAUCUCUCACACCAUCACCACUACUAUUCUUUACCUAUCUCUACCACCGAAACCAUGGAGCCAUGGCUAGACUCUCUCUCAGAGGACUGGAAGUCCGAACACCAGUCCUCCUCCCCUGCGCCAUCGUUUUCGAGCAGCCAACAGAGCGGUAGCAUCGCUCUUUCACACUCCCAAAGUCGCAUCCCACAUCUGGCCAGGAACAUGCGCAAAGAGUCUGGGACGGGUAGUUUUCUGAGACAUCGAUCAUCGAAGGGACAAGCCUGUGUCAAUGGUGAACCCAUUCUACGCGAACGAAGUGCCUCAAGUCUCAAUGUCCCAUAUUCGCUCGGAUCUCAGAAAUACACAAGUCUGCCCCGCCGACCGUCCAGUGCCUUCUCCGAGUCGCAAAAUUCUGUUCAGCAUCACACAUUGGAUGAGAAGCCUACUUUGUUGGAGACGCCGGAGUGGAAGAGGAGACUGGCCAAUAGUGAGAAUGUAGCGACCAACGGCUUCGACCUGUUCUCACCCUCCAAGUUACAGGGAAUGUUCACGCAGCCAACUUCCUCACAAUUGAACAGCGACAAUGACACGGAGGCCGUACAAGAGACUAAGCCGAUGAGGCCCUUCAACCUUCCCCCCGCUAAUCCAUUUCCCAUGCAGUACAGUAGCGUACGAGAAACAAAAAGCCGACUCAACCUGGACGUUUUGGAGGAAGUCGAAGAAGAAGAGUCGGAACAACAUAAUCUCCCAGUGAUGCCUUCUGGGUCCGUGCGUACGACUUCGGUAGGAGGGCUGGUGAGGCAGCGGGUAGCCUCAUUCGAGCGAACUCGUGAGAUGAGUUCCGCUCAGUCGUCUCCCAGGUCCGUGAACGAAAGUCAUGGCAAGAGCGUAUACAACGCGAGGGAUCCGCGAUGGAGGACGCUUAGUGGGCAGGAAGAAUUGAAAAAUGAGUUCAUCAGCCCGGUCACCGUGUCAAAACAAAACUCCAUCCGUGCUACGGUGCUGCGCAGUUCUGAUGACAUCGAUAUCGAUGCAUUGGAACGCAAGCUGAAACAAGCCGCAUCGGAGCAUUCUCAGCGCCCGACUUCGAGCUCGAGCGAUCGAGAUGUCAGUUAUGGAGCCAGCACUCAUGCCAAAGGUGCUUCCAUGGACGAACCGCUACCUGACUUGACCUCUCUUUCUCUGCCGGACGACCUGUCAAUGGGAACGCAGGAUUUCGCCAGUCAUGGAGGCUUCAUUAACUCUCGACGCGGUGGGCGGUCCAACGACAAUUCCUCCUUCCUUCGAAAAAGCCUCAGUCUGUCUCAAGAACCCUCGAGACUCGGAUCACACCCACGAGGUCCCCUGGAUUUCCACAGUUCACCACCUCAGCAGUCGCGGGGCUUCGACGAUAGCAUCGACGAUAGCAGAAUAACUGUCAGUGCGCCAGUGACCCCACAGGAUACGAGCGUCGUACAUCAUACGGACGCCCAUCUCAGGCCCGUGUUGUCCGGGAGUCCCUUGAAGCUGUUCGGAAAUCGCGAUACUUAUACAAACAACAAGUUAUUGCGGAUUCUAAGCCAGUUCGAACAGCCUGAGGAAUCAAUCAAACCGUCCGAUAACGAUGAUUCCUAUGAAGAGCCGCAGGAUAACGCACUGCGGAUGAGCCAAUUUGGCCAGGGCGAGCUGGAUACAUUCGGCUUCGAGCAGGAGAUACCACGACCUGCGCCCGUUGAUACUGCUUCCGUUGACUCGACCGCGAGGAUAUUUAAGUCUACAUCCCUCAGCAAGGAGACGCUGGGCACAAUUGUAAGAAGUGAAAACAGCGGAAAUCAACCUCCGAACCAGGCUGCACCCCUAGAGAAAGAGAGAACGACAAAGAGACGGAAAACCUUGUUGAAGGAACAGCUAGCUAUUUCAAAUACCGAGGUGGAACUCAAGCUCACGUUCGUGGAAGAUCCAGCCUCCCUUGCAGGUACGAAGCGAAAGGACGCCAGAGCCGGAGCCGAAGGAGCUCAAGCAGACGCGGAAGUUCUUGCGUCGCGAGACCUUUUGAAACCCAAAUCGGCACGUAGGCAACCUACUGAACAACUCGAAGUCGCACCUGUUGCAGACAAGGGUGAUUUGGAGCAAGCCGACCAAGAUGUCACCGAAGCAUUGGCCGCAGAACUAGCCGCAUUCGCCCAGGAAGCUGUUCAUGUUCAUGAAGAGUCGCGAAAGCCAUCUCUUGCGACGAAAGAUUAUAUGGAAGAAGCCAACAAGGUGAUGCAGUUUAUUCGAGCCCGAGGAAAACCACAGCCUGUUUUGAGAGACAUCACCGAACCAGAGCACGCCUCCGAGCUCAAUCCUGAUGCUAUCCUUGACCUCGAAAUUGAUGGCGACUCGACCAGGGAUAGUUUCUCUCGGCCGCCUUCAAGAGAACGUCCUUUUAAACCGGCGUCUGAUCGUCGGCAUGCACGACACGACCCCCAGACUGAGGACUACUUGAAGAAAUAUCAAGACCGAGACGACCUUGAAGCGUUGACUAGCAACUCAGUCUUCGGCACCUGGGCGCAAGUAGACAAUCGUUCAGCAGUCGAGGCUGCCAGAGUCCCUGUUCCAGAUGACUUUCAAGAGAGCGACCCACCAAACAUCCGUAUUCUGAACCCUACGGAUACAAUGAGGAAACGCAGGCAUUCGGCUUCCACGAUCGAGGGACCUCAUGAUCCAGAUCACGAAGGUCAUUUCCAUACUCAACAGACCCAAAACUCCUCGCAGAACUCGUUCCCCACGAACUCAUCGUCCACAGCAGGUCUCAAGGGAGUCAUUGCCUUCGGAACGGUGUCCAUACCAGAGCGAGUUGGUGGAAUGACCUUUGAUCAUGAAAAGAAAAUGUGGGUUAAGAAGAUGCAGAAGGACAAUGGCAUUAAUAUUGCAAAUGACCAAACUCGUGAAACCUUGGGAGAAGCUGACCCUUUCGAGGAUAUACCUGAUCUGAGUACCGAUGAGCUGGAAGAAUUGCAAGCCAAAGCUCGACAGCUUCAAGCCGAAGCCCAGGAGGCAGAAAUGUCUGCGGUUGUAGAAGAUGAGAUUGUCCGAAAGACCGCAGCAACAUCUAGAGCACCCGUGGAAGAAUUGGAUUCAGAAGCCGUCUUCACACGUAAUCAACAGCAAUGGGAUGCUCAUGAUGAAGCCGAGGAAGUCAAUCAAAGCUCUCUCCGCUCCAGAGUAUCCGAGCACGAAGUCAAGCUCCACGACGGUAUGGCAUCAAGACCUCCAGCUCAACUCAACGACAACCGAAAACAGGCGCGGGUGGUCACCAUAGCAUUUUCCUCGCCAGUUGUGUCCGGUAUCAACUACGCCCGCAUGUCAGACGAGGACUUCGAUGCCCUCCCUCGGGAGGACGAUCUACCUCUCGACGAAUCUCAGAUUGAUCUCGACGACUCUAGCCUCAAUGGCGACUCGCCUCAUAUAGAGCCAGCUGAAAUUCUCUCAGCGUCGCUCAGAAAGAAGCACCACAAAGUAGUCAUCGAGAAGGACCAUGUGCUCAGUUUCCAACCUCGCACUAUUUCAACAAUAGCAGAACAUGAUGAAGAGUAUCCCGCUGGAGGAAUGAGCUUGAUCCAUGCUAAUCGGCCGAACCAGCUAACUCCAGCACCUUCACGCAGUAUUGUGAAACUUCAAAAGGGUGCUAAGGGAGCCAGCAUUCUAUGUUUGACACCGUUGUCUGAGUUCUCGGUUCAUCAAGUGGACAGUGUCAAACAUCCAGAUCAAAGCUACGUCGAAGAGAGGAAGCACCCGAAUGCGCUGCGGCAUGCUCACGGCUCCAUGGCGCUGGCUGUUGAUUCACUCAUGAAAGCAAUAACGGAUGCAGCUCCGGACGAGCUUUACUGGGAUGAUCUCAGGAAGAUGAGCCUUGCACCAAGGACCAUAACCUCGGUACAUAGCUUGAAGGACUAUUGUCCGGCACUGGAGGAACUUACGGUAUCGCAGAACCAGAUCACCCAGCUCGGCGGGCUACCAAGUUCUCUGCGCAUUCUGGACAUUCGCAACAACCUCUUGAACGACCUAACUUCAUGGGCACACCUGCAGAACCUCCAGUAUCUUGAUGUGUCUGACAAUGCUCUCGAAAGCUUGGAAGGAUUCAGUUCUUUGGUCCAUCUUCGCAGCUUAAAAGCCAAUAACAACCGGAUCACAAACAUUGACGGCAUCUUGGACCUUGAUGGCCUUCUCGAUCUCCAACUCAGCGGAAAUCAGCUUAUGGCUGUUGAUUUUGAGGGUGCAGAACUCAGUCGCCUGCGGAAUGUGGACUUGAGCAAUAAUCAUCUGAGAGAAGUGAAGAAUAUAGGAUGUCUGCCACAGCUGAAAAAGCUAGACUUGUCAAGCAAUGCAAUCCAGCAUUUCGACUCAGAACUCCAAGGCGGGGACAUAAUCCUUGAAGAGUUACGACUUUCGUAUAACGAGCUUCAAGUGAUCGGCCUAGAGCAUAUGCCAAUGCUCAGAUGUCUCGACCUCGAUGGAAACCAGAUCAAUGACAUCCGCGGACUCUCAACCGCUUACAACCUGGAGGUCCUGUCAAUUAGAGAGGAAGCUGCCGGGUCACAGAUCGUGAACCUCGUUCUGUCCACUGCUAAUGAGUGCCGUACUAUUAUGCUGUCUUCUAAUUCGGUUUCGAAUGGAACGAUCAAGCUGCCGACAUUGCCACAGAAUAACCUGCGGGAAUUGGAACUCGCUGCAUGUGGCAUCACAGAGUUGCCAGAGGGAUUUGGCACCUCCUUUCCAAACUGCCGAUACUUGAAUGCCAACUUCAAUGCAAUCAAAGACAUAGCACCACUCCGCAAAAUGGCACAUCUAAAUCAUCUCCUCUUGGCCAAGAACCGCGUCAAGAGACUGAGGAGGACAUGUCUGGUGUUGUCACGACUGGCAUCCCUUGAGCGGAUCGAUCUUAGAGACAACCCGUUGACCGUUGGGUUCUACAGUCCUGUCUCUGGCACGGCUGAUAACAGGAAGUCUUUGUCAGAGGCACGAUAUCAUCUGCCUGAUGGUUUGCCAAAAGAGGAUGCUUCCUGGGUGAAAGCGCUCGACGAAGUGACUGGCCUGAAACGGCGGACUAUUGAGCUGUUGCUUGCCGACCAUUGCAAACAGCUGGUCGAACUCGACGGUUUGACACUGUGUCGCGAGCGACUCAGCAGCAAAGACGAUACGUGGACCAGGUUGACGAAUCAGGGGGUAUUGGUGAAAUCCCCGAGCUCGCUACAGUCUGUCGUGGUGGAGAAGCCUGCGGACGAGGUUCGACAUUGUCUGAACGAGGUUUGCUGCGACAGGAGACUUCGAUGAUAAUGGAUUGUGAUGUCUUUGACGGGUGAUCUUAUUGUACACUAUCUGGGGUGUGGUUGGUGCAGCUGGAUUCUGGACGGCUGCAAAAGUUUCUGAUUUCGAUAAUGAGGCGACGUGAGCGAGGACAGAGCAGUCAACUCUCAUGAACAUAUCAAUCAAUCAAUCAUCCUUAAUGGUGUGUUCGAAAGGAAUCCGGCUAAUCCGACGAAAUCAAAUCUAUUUGAAUACUGCCUAUCUAGGAAGUUAGACUUGCCCGAUUUGAUCAACCUUCCCCUUUUCAUGACACAGGGUUAGGGUCGGUUAGGGUUAGAAAUCUAAUCGGUUUAUGACCC